AUGACCACCCCAAUCCUCCUCCUAAAGACAAAAUCCAAACCCCACGAUGGCUACGCCGAACUCUUCGCCCAAUCCGGGAAAUACGAGCCGAUCUUCGUGCCGGUGCUCGAGCAUAAAUUCUUGGAUGCGGGACUGAAUGUGGUGAGGGGCUUGUUGAGGGAGGGAGGGAUAGGUAGAGGGGAGGAUGCGAGGUAUGGGGGUAUGAUCUUUACGAGUCAGAGGGCUGUGGAGGCUUUUACGGGGGUUGUUGGGGAAAUUGGUUUGGUGGGGGAGAUACUGGGUGAUGUACCGAUAUAUACGGUCGGUCCUGCGACGUCGCGGGCGCUGCGGUCGAUUCCGAACACCAAGCUUAAUAUAUUUGGAGAAGAGGCGGGGAAUGGUGAGGUUUUGGCGGGGUAUAUAUUGGAUCAUUACGCGCAAUGGUAUCAACACCGGACUGUAAAACCACCGUUAUUGUUUCUAGUCGGAGAGACAAGACGGGAUAUCAUUCCCAAGACGUUGAUGAAUCCGUCGUUACCACCCGAGAGAAGGAUUCAAGUCGAUGAGCUAGAAGUGUAUGGGACGGGCGUGAUGGAGAGUUUUGAGGAUGAUUUCAGGGAGGUGCUUGCACGGACGGGGGAGGGGAGAUGGGUGGUGGUUUUUUCACCGACAGGGUGUGAGGUUUUGUUGAGGCUUCUGAAAGAAAAGAGAGAGGAGGGGACGAGGAUUAUUACGAUAGGACCUACGACGAGGGAUUUUUUGAGGGAUGAAUUUGGGUUUGAGCCGGAUGUUUGUGCGGGGAGACCGAGUCCUGAGGGGUUGAUGGAGGGGAUCGAGGGGUUUGAGGGUGGUGAGGGGAGGGGAAGGUGA